AUGGCGGAAUCUGGAUUCUCUUUCGUACCAGAAGACGUUGUCUUCAACAUCUUCUUCAAGCUCCAAGACGAUCCGAGAAACUGGGCUCGUCUCGCAUGCGUCUGCACCAAGUUCUCCUCGAUUGUACGAAACGUUUGCUGUAAAACACAGUGCUACUCCGCGAUACCCACCGUCAUCUCGGAUCUCCUCCCUUCACCCUCCGCCGCUUCGGCUUCCGCUUCUUCAUCUUCAGCCUCCGCGGAUUCGUCUCUUCCUCCUCCCGGCGGUUGGGCUUCUCUCUAUAAACUCGCCGUUUGCUGUCCUGGCCUCCUCCACGCCGGAAUUCUCCUGGAAAACUCCGAUUUCGGUCUAGAACGUGAGCUCGGCCCCGAUCAAAGCCUCGAUAGACUCGAUCCGAAACCUAUACCGACGGAUCCAGCUCGCGACGACGGUGAAGUUUCGAAUCCAAUCGGAUCUACUUUAGAGACGUCUUCGUUUUGGUCUCUCUAUGACGACCUCUACACCGAUACUCUUUCCGCUCCUCCCGAAGAAUCCGUCGAGGAACAGGACGAAAUCGAAACGAGCGAGAUCAGACCUGGACGGGAUCUCCCGGCAAGGAAACGGCGGAAGAUUUGCCGAUCCCUAGGGUCUCAUCUGGCUUCCGGCGCCUGGAAUCUCAGCAGAGAACAAGGCAACAAGCUCCUCGCGAGCAGAUUUCGCGGUGAUUGUCUGUACAUAUGCAAUUGGCCUGGAUGCAUCCACGUCGAAGAGAAGCGGAACUACAUGUUGUUCAGAGGCGUUUUCAAGGAUUUCAAAAGGUCUCGAGUGUGGAGAACGAUUAACGACGGUGGUAAUCGGAGUAAGGUUUCGGGGUUGAAAUGCGCCUUCUGUGUGUGCGACGAGACUUGGGAUCUGCAUUCGUCGUUUUGCUUGAGAAGAGUCUUUGGGUUUCACGAUGAUGGUGAACCAGUCGUGAGAGCUUAUGUCUGUGAGAAUGGUCAUGUCUCUGGUGCUUGGACUGCUUUACCUCUCUACACUUGA